AUGUUCAAAAUUAAACGAAUAUAGGUUAUAUGAGGUGCUGAUAUUAACAACCAUUUGUAAUAAAUAUAAAUUAAUCAUAAUUGUAAAUUUUGUAUGUUAUGCCUAAAACAAAUUCAAAUAUGGCUUCUACCGUUCCCUUACCACAAUAUCAGCGAACGGCAAUGAAUAUUCAUUAACAUUCUCUAAUUAUUACUUUCAUUCCUCAUUUUUUAAUUGGGGCUUAAGCUUAAAUUAUGAAAUCUGCAAAUAGAGUGAUCUUAGCUGCAAUUAUAUUAGACAGUCAGCUGUUAAGUUACUUCUGCUUAUUUGCUCUAUGAAAGUAAAAAAAAUCUUAAACUAAUGAAUAAUUCGGAAAACUAAAAACUAUGAUAGAGAUAAAAGCAAAAUUUGUACGAGCAGAUUCUGCAAUAUAUGCCACAGGGGAACGAGUGGAGUGUCUGAUCGAGUUUACCCAUCGCGGCAAUGACAACAGAGAGGAGUACUUGGCUUGGGCCUCCGCGCAGCUCCAUUGCUAUCGAAAAACGAACUAUAACCUCAGUUCAGGGGACAAAGUAAAUGAGUUAACAGAGUUAGUUGGUAAAACAGCAUUAGAUGCAGGAGCACAAGCUGGUGGUGACAUAUUAAUAGCUACUAAACCAAAGAUAUUAUUUUGCGAUUUAAAAUUACUGCCAAGUGAAACGAAAGUCUAUUUUUUCAAUGAAACUUUACCUCGAAAUGGUCCACCUACAUAUCGGGGACAUGACAUUAAGUACUUCUACAGAAUUACAAUAGCCACACAGAGAGUUAAAUCUAAAGUGCAAAUGCUAAGUGUGCCUAUACGGGUAUUACCCAUACCCCUUAUUGUACGGCCCGAUGAUAUGCAUUGCACCGAAGAAACAAAUGAUGAGCUUGCACCUACUAAUCCCUUUUUAGAGAAAAGGGAAAUCUCAGAGUUGGAAAUAUCAUGGCAUCAUCUUAAGAAUGUAACUGCCCGUCGGGCGCCUAAAUAUUAUCGCAUAUCCAACAAGCGUGGAUUCGUUGGUCGGUUUUGCUUGUUUAAACCAUCUUAUAAAAUUGGUGAAGACAUUGUGGGUAGCCUUGACUUUAGCAAUUGCAAAGUACGUUGUGUCCAGUUUUCUGUGAAACUGCAGUCACAAGAAAUAUCACUGCAAAGUAAUGCCGAUCAGUCAAAUAAUGAAUUCAAUGACGCAUCCUCGGUGAAUUCCCUGGACUUGGCAAGUAUUGCUAGUGGAACUGCAAUAGAUAAUUUACAUAAAUCAAAGACAUCUGGGAGCGCACGGAAUAUUGACGACGAGGAACCUGUAGGAAAGGUUAGCACACUGGCAACCAUUCAUCAAAUGUGCUAUGCUAUGUUGAAGACUUCUGUGAUUAUUCCUAUACCAUUACACGUAACACCUUCAUUCCGCAGUGAUUUGGUUGAGCUAAGGUGGCGUUUACAUUUUGAAUUUGUCACAAGCACAAUGAUGGAUUUCGGUAAACCCAAUCCAACAGAAGGUGAGCUCAAAGCUCCGGCUGAAAUACCCGUAGAAACAAUGGUGUGGAAUCUUCCAAUUGCUGCAAUAUACGCUGCUAAUCCCCUUCAAAUAUAUUCACCCAACCAAACGCAUAGUCUUCUGAUUAAGUAAACAGUAUACAUUUAUUUUUAAGACCAGAUCAUAUGUUACAUACGCACAUAUGGUAAGAUAUGUAACGCAUAAUAAAUAUAUAUUAAUUUAGAAAGUAUUUUAAACACAAGUUUAGAAUAUCAAUUAAAAAUAAUUAACUCAAUUUUGAGAUUUUUUAAGUUAAUAAAUAUUUUAUAGCUCCAAUUUCAUUUCCAUAGAAAUAUAUACAAUUUUUAUCGUCCUACUUUUCCGAGC